UCCUCGACUCGCCAACACCGUCACAGAUUCCUUCCCAUUUCUGCUCUUUUUCUCCUCUUUUUCAUCGCUCCAUAGCUUAACUUCUUCGAUACUGUUUCAAUGGAGAUGGAGGCAAAAAUUUUGAGAACGGCCCCAUAUAUUCACCCGCUUCGAUUCCGUUCUCGACCAAGAUGUUCUUUGUUCGUACAUCGGAUGCCCGCAACCAGUUCGAAGUAUUGCUCGAGUGUGCUGAGAUGCGGCCUUCGCCCUGUUCAAGCUUCUUCCGCUUCCACCGGACCACUAGCAAGGAAGAAACGGGUGGACAUGAGUGAGACCUUGACCCUCGAGGGUAUAAGAUUUUCAUUAAUCAUUCAGGAGGACAGCAUAAUAUUCAAUCUUAUGGAGAGAACACAGUAUUGUUACAAUGCCAAUACUUAUGACCGGGAUGCUUUUGUUAUGGAUGGGUUUCAUGGUUCUUUGGUAGAGUAUAUGGUCAAAGAAACUGAAAAGCUUCAUGCUCAGGUGGGUAGAUACAAAAGCCCUGAUGAACAUCCUUUCUUCCCAAAUGACUUGCCGGAACCGCUAUUGCCUCCAAUGCAGUAUCCUCAGGUACUACAUCCAGCCGCAGAUUUGAUUAACAUCAAUCCAAAAGUAUGGGACAUGUACUUUAGGGAUCUCAUUCCUAGAUUAGUGAAGGAAGGAGAUGAUGGGAAUUGUGGAUCAAGUGCUGUUUGCGACACAUUGUGUUUGCAGGCUUUAUCAAAGAGAAUCCAUUAUGGAAAAUUCGUAGCAGAAGCUAAGUUUCGAGCCUCACCGGAGGCGUACGAAGCAGCUAUUAGAGCACAGGAUAAGCAAAAACUGAUGGAUAUCUUGACAUACCCGAUGGUGGAGGAGGUUGUGAAGAGGCGAGUGGAGAUGAAAGCAACGGUUUAUGGACAAGAGGUAACGACCGAUGCACCGAAAGCUGAAUCCCGAGCAUCUUAUAAGAUCAAACCCAGCUUGGUUGCUGAUCUAUAUGGGGAUUGGAUCAUGCCAUUGACUAAGGAAGUUCAAGUUCAAUAUUUAUUAAGAAGAUUGGAUUGAUGAUCUUACUUAAAUCUCAGAAGCCAAGUUGAAGCUGUGUUUGGUCUAUGGAACUGCUGACUUGUUUUUGCAGCUAACUUAAUUUGUGUCAUAUGGUUUAGCACCAGAUUUUCUAAGUUAUUUUAUCUUUUCAACGUCGGAUACAAAAAUAACGCCCUUUUGUAGAUUUUACCACGAUCAAACUUUAUUCAUUUUUUAACUCGAACUAGAAUAGAGGAUUAGUGAACUUUCGACC